UGGGGUGCUUUGGCUGCAAACCUUCCGUCAAGCAGCUUAGGUUUACAUCAGACGCCGAAAGAAAUAACUGGACUUAAUUUUUUAGUUUAUUUUUAACACAUUGUCUCACUUUACUGUCUCGGUGAUGUUUGAAUGGAUCGUUAGCAGCCUGAGUUCUUUUUUCGUGCCCCCUUCUUCCCGCCCUACAGUGAGCCGACCUUCAGCCAAUUCGAGGAACAGCUCUUCAGUUCAAGCAUCGGUUUUGGCAAGACAGCGCACGCCCACCGAGGCGGUCAGUCCGAUCAAGAGGAACUACCGAAGCAUUCAGACAUCUAGUGAUGAUGAAGAGUGGAUUGAGAGCAAACGACCUCGUCUAGAUGCUAUUUUUGACUUUGUUAAAAGAGCUGUUGGUGUCUUUGGUUUUUACAAAUCUUUGCCAUCUCCACAAACAGAUUGUCAGGCUACAACGACACAUGUAUUUGAAGUGAGAGAAUGUGACAGCUGCAAAAAAAGCAGGAUUGGCAGAAUGGACCUAAAGACUGAAAUAUGUGCAGCAGGUAUUAUCAAAGAAGCAGGAAAAUCUUGCUUAAGUCACCAGACCCAGGCAGCAGCAUCUUUUAUAAAGCAGAGGGUGGCAGGAUCGGAAAAUUGUUCAGUUAAGCAAAAAUUCAGCGAAUUAAAGGAUUCCUAUAAUAGAUUUCUUCCAUCUACACAGUCUUCGGGUGGCACUGUACUGUCUAACACAUCCAGCUCAACAAGAAGCCCGAAUUCACUCUGUUUAUCACUAAACGAGGGUUUUCCUGAGCGUGAUCAAGAACAAUACUGGAAUCUUUUGGAGCUGGUUUCUGAGGAAUACCUUAAACAGAGCAAGAAAACAACGUUGCUUAGUAGGCCUAAGACAUGCAUGUCGUCUUGUUGCCAGCCAGUGUAUUACAAACCACUUUUGAAAAAAACAACUUGUACAAACACUAUAGCACAAUCUGUACAUGUUAAAGCUACCUCCACUGCUUCAGAGCCUGGUGAUAUUUGCGUUUCAAGACCAGUAGCACAUAGAAAAAUUGAUGGUCAUUACCAAAGUAUAUUUGAGCAUGUUUCAGAAAAUAAGCCAGGAUGUGAAGAACUCAUUGGAGGAAAGAGACAACCUGAAGAUGUGGAUCUUUCUGCUGAGGUUGAAGCACGCUUACGUUUAGUGGAUAGAGAAGCAGAUGAUACAGUUAGAAAGUCUUUUUUGGAUACAUCAGUAUCAUCAAAAGCGAUUAAAGCUACAGAGGAGUUCCCAAAACUAACAAAGGAUAUGGAAGAUGAAGUUCAUAAAGCUUUGAGUCACAGUAAUCCUGAUGAAGUUCUCAGCAGUGCCUUCAAACAAAGAAUAACUUGCAGAGACCUUCAGACCUUGGGUCAUCAGAAGUGGCUGAACGAUGAGGUGAUAAACUUCUAUAUGAACCUCUUGAUAACUCGCAGUGAACAAGAAGGUGGACUGAAAGUCUAUGCUUUCAAUACUUUCUUCUUUCCCAAACUCUGUGCUGGGGGUUACCAGGCUGUAAGAAGGUGGACCAAAGGAAUGGAUAUUUUUGAGAAAGAUAUCAUCUUUGUGCCUCUUCACUUGGGUGUACACUGGUGUUUAGCUGUAGUAGAUUUCAGAGUCAAAGAAGUAAAAUACUAUGACUCAACAUACAGAAAAAAUGAUGACAUCUGUUGGAUUUUAUUGCAUUACUUGAAAGAAGAAUAUAAAGUCAAGAAAAAGGAAGACCUGCACAUUUACAAAUGGACUGUGACUAGUGCAAAACCAGGCGAGGUUCCCCAACAGAUGAACGGCAGUGACUGUGGUGUUUUUGCUUGCAAAUACGCCGAUUACAUAGCAAGAGAUAAGCCCAUAAACUUUACACAGAAAAACAUGCCUUAUUUCCGAAGGAGAAUGGUGUGGGAAAUUCUAAAUCAGAAGCUACUGUAAUAGACUGAGCAGUCCGAAGACUGCACUGGACUGCAACACAAAUACCUCAGCCUUUAUACUGAAUUAACUAUUCAAUCCCUACUUGGACUUUUUUUAGUCUAAAUAACACAAUUUGCUUCUUUUUUUGGUUGGUAUCUCUAGGCAACAAACCUUACAGUAUUGAAAAAAAUGUUUUUUAAAGUUCAAGAGAUUUGCUGCUCUAUGAAUUGUUUUUCCUGUACAUAAACAAGCAUGGUAGGAAAUAAAACUGUUUGUGUGUGUAUAUAGUAUUUAUCUACCCGUGUGAAAAAUGCAACUUAAAUAAAUGUUUCAUUUUUGUUGCAUCAUAUUUGAACGAAAGAUUACAUUAAUCUGUUAGUAAACUUUAUACUGUUACCAAGGACAGGAAUUCUGGGACUUUUAUAACCUUGCUAUUCACUACUUAAUAUGCAUUUGCAAAUGAUACGUUUGCAUUGCACUCUGUGGCAGUCUAUAGAGGUUAAUAUCUUUUUAAUAAAAAGAUAUUCAAACACUGUUCUGUCCAAGCAGCCAUGUUGAUAACGAUAAAAGUAAAAAUAAUGGCUUGGUUUGUUUAUAUAAGUGACCUAUUUACAAAAAUGUAAAUGUGUACAAGUUUAUAAAAAAUAAACUGGAAGAAACUGGAAUAA